AAAAUAUUAGAAAAAUAUUGAGACUUCACAUCUAACUAUACAAUUAUUUUUCCUGUAAACGUAACAUUAAAACGUAAACUCCACAUUAGUUUUCUUUAAUUUAAUAUAAAAUAAAUAUCAUGGCUAAUAAAGAAGACGGUGAUACCUUUGAUGAAAUGUACAUAAACCCCGAAGAUGGUAUGCCCAAUAUACACCCUAACAUAGAAGAUUUUGAACAAGAAAGUGGUUUUCAAGAAGAAACAAACGAUUUCGAUGAUUUGCCGAAAUCAGUGAUCGUUACAAAUAUCCACAGCGAUGUAUUCUCUGACGAAAAAUUAAAGAAAGAAUUAGAAGAUAUUUUUCGUAAUUUUUCAGAUAAUGUAACAUUUCAAUGGCUUCGUAGUUUUAAAAGAUUGCGCGUUAACUAUGAUAGCCCACUAGCGGCGGCAGGAGCCCGCCUGCAACUUCAUCAAUAUAAAUUCUAUAACUCUUGCAUAAACUGUUAUUUCGCACAGCCGGUGACGCCAAUUUCAUUGAAAAAUUUAAAACCACCCGCUCCCGUGAAACAGUUCUUGAUUUCACCUCCGUCAAGCCCCCCAGUGGGUUGGGAGCCUCGUGAAGAAGGUGAGCCUAUUGUGAACCCCGAUCUGUUGGCGGCCAUAGCAAGCCUGGCUCCCGGAGAGAGUCAUGAACUCCACGCACCAACACCCACUCAGCCUGCCAUCAUAGUGCACACAGCAUUCAAUGUGGAACCCAACUCUGAAAAUUGUUUAAGUCAACCUCUUCCACAUACUCGUUGUCCGGAGUAUUGAUGUUUUCUAUGAAUAGGAUUUUUCAAUGUUAAUGCUUUUUAUUCCAUCAAUUUACAACAUGGUAAAUGUUUUUGCCAAAUAUACAUGUGUAUAUCUUUUUUGA